AUGUCCUCUUCUUCUUCUUCUUCUUCAACCUCUGAACCUAGACGUUCGAAAAGAGCACGAAAGCCCACCGAUCGGCUCACGGGAUUCUCGUCGGGCUCAACGGCUGUCGUGAAAUCUCACGACAUGUCCGAAGGGUUCCCGAUCUUCGAGAUCAAAACGCCGGAUGGGAGAACCCUCGUGGAAAAUGAUGACGAACUCCGGGAGUAUCGUCUUGUAUUGGACGAAUACCGUCACCAACAAGAUCCCUCUGUGAAAUGGAAGGCUGGAUUCUACAAAAUCCAAGAGAUUCUCGAGGAACGAAUCAUCAAGAGCAAACCCUUCCAGUUGGUGAAAUGGAAAGGGUUUGACAAUCCGAUUUGGAACACGUGGCUGCCUAAAUCUGAAGUGAAAGACGUAAAAGAAGUCUGGAAACCACGUCAACACGCCAAGAGAUCCAAAAUUGUGAAUCAGACUCCUCAGAUGUGGUCUUUGGGAGCUGCGCCGUUUUCUGGCGUCAGCACAGGAGUGUUGGAGUACAGGAGUGGACCAUCCUCGCCAGCAACCGUCUCGACUGGACCAUCCUCACCAGCAUUCCUUCUUUCUGGAUUGGCCCGAGGAGUCUCGAAUGGACCUUCUCUGUCAGGUUCGCCGGUUUCUGGCUUGAGCGCCGGAGUCUCAAAUGGGCCAUCUUCGCCGUCUCCUGGGUUGGUAACGACAUCCUCAAUCGGAACAUCUGGGCUAUCUCCGCUGUCUUCUGGGUUGCUUACAAGAUUAUUGAAUCCUCCAUGUCCAUCUAAUGUACUGUCUUCCGGUGUGAGUGCAGGAGUCUCAAACGGGUCAUUUUCGUCUGCUCUGCCAACUUCGGGCUCGGCCACAGGACUAUCGAAUGCUCCAUCUCUAUCAGGCGUGCCAAGACUAAACGUUCUGUUUUCCACUCCUUCUUCUGGAGGAUCUCCAUCAGCUGCGGGACCUACUGGAACCUGGCAACACCAAACGGCAGCGCCAAACCAUGGUACAGCAGCACCAAAUGUCCCGUUUGCCACUCCUCCUUCUGGUGGAUCUCCAUCAGGUCCGAAUUCUUCCGGAAGCUCGUCUUCUUCAUCUGCAGGGAACACAAUGAAUUCGAACGGUGAAAGCUCGUCGUUUGGAAGUUCGACUUCAGCUGAAUACGUCGACCCAAUUCAGUCCUCACAAGGACAACCAAGUGAUCAGGGUUUGCCAAGUGAUCAGGGUUUGCCUGGAGAUCUUCCUCACACCGGAGCCCAACCAAUGCCAAGCAGUCAACGAGUUCAUCGAGUUGCUCCCUUUGCAGGAGCCCCGCCUGUGCCAAACGGUCAAGAAGUUCAUCGAGCUGCUCCUUUUGCCGGAGCCCCGCCUAUGCCAAACGGUCAAGAAGUUCAUGGAGCUGCUCCUUUUGCCGGAGCCCCGCCUAUGCUAAAUCGUCAAGGAGUUCAUGGAGCUGCUCCUUUCGCCGGAGCCCCGCCUAUGCCAAACCGUCAAGGAGUUCAUCGAGCUGCUUUUUUUGCAGGAGCCCCACCUAUGCCAAACGGUCAAGGAGUUCAUGGAGCUGCUCCUUUUGCCGGAGCCCCGCCUAUGCCAAACCGUCAAGGAGUUCAUGGAGCUGCUCCUUUUGCCGGAGCCCCGCCUAUGCCAAACCGUCAAGGAAUUCAUCGAGCUGCUCCUUUUGCCGGAGCCCCGCCUAUGCCAAACCGUCAAGGAGUUCAUGGAGCUGCUCCUUUUGCCGGAGCCCCGCCUAUGCCAAACCGUCAAGGAGUUCAUGGAGCUGCUCCUUUUGCCGGAGCCCCGCCUAUGCCAAAUGGUCAGGGAUUGUUUGGAGGCAAUCUUCACGGCGGAGCCCCACAAAUUCCAAGUGGUCUGGGAUUCUUCGGAGGUUCUCCUUUUGCCGGAGCCCCACCAAUGCCAAGCAGUUUAGGAUUUUUCGGAUUUUCAGGAUACUACCCUUCGAAUAGACCACAGGAGCCUAUUGUUACCUUCCCAGACUCAGAUGAUGAAGAUGAGGAGGAGCCAAUGCCAGAAGCGCCAAAUGAUUAUGGUCGAAUAAUUGUUGAGCUGACUGACGAGCAAGCCGAACAGUACCCACCGAGCACACUGAAUUAUUCAAUAGUCACCUUCCCAGAUGAGGAAGACGAGGAGGAGACGGAGGAGCUGGAUACUUCGAGAUGUUCGGAUACUGGGCUCGCAGUGGUUCCAUGGCCACUCGAGCCGCAAAGACUCAUUGGCGAUCGAGAGAUUCAUCGCUCUGGAUUCCGUCGGUACGUCAAUCAAAAUCCGAACCCAGCUCCAUUUGUACCAAACCUUGGAAUCCAGCUUCAGGUGUACCAAAUCUUGAACCUUGCCAAUCUUCUUCAGAACUUCACUGCGGCUGACCUAGCUCAGCUCAUUCCUAAUGGGAUACCGCAAGUGAUUCCGUCGCAGUUCCAAGGACCCCAACAAUGA